AAACCCCGCCAGCCCAGGGAUCAGAGCUCGUCCCCCGAUCCCGCAGGAGAGAGGCCAUGGCCGCCGUGUUCCUGCCCGGCAACCUGCAGGACGAGGCCACCUGCUCCGUGUGCCUCGAGUUCUUCAAGGACCCCGUGUCCAUCGAGUGCGGCCACAACUUCUGCCGCGCCUGCAUCGCCAAGAGCUGGAGGGACCUGGAGAUGGACUUCCCCUGCCCGCAGUGCCGGGAGGUUUUCCCGCGCCGCAGCUUCCGCCCCAACCGGCAGCUGGCCAACAUGUCGGAGAUCAUCGCGCAGUUCGCGCAGCGCAGCGCGGCGGCGGCCGAGGCGGGCGGGCAGUGCCCCCGGCACCGCGAGGCCCUCAAGCUCUUCUGCAAGGACGACGGCAGCCCCAUCUGCGUGGUGUGCGACCGCUCCCGCGAGCACCGGCCCCACGCCGUCGUGCCCGUGGACGAGGCCUCCGAGGAGUACAAGGAGAAGAUCCAGGGGCGCUUGGAUCUGCUGAGGAAGGAGCGGCAGGAGCUGCUGGAGUUCAAAGUGAACGACGACAAGAGAACCCAGGAGCUCCUGAAAACCAUCGAGAGCGAGCGGCAGAAGCUGCUGUCGGAGUUCGAGCGGCUGCGGCAGUUCCUGCACGACCAGGAGCAGAUCCUGCUGGGGCAGCUGGAGAAGAUGGAGAAGAACAUCUCCAAGAGGCAGAACGAGAACAUCACCGACCUCUCCAAGGAGAUCACGCUCCUCAACAAGCUCAUCACCGAGCUGGAGGAGAAGAUCCAGCAGCCCGUGCUCGAGUUCCUCAAGGACGUGACGGGCGUCAUAAGCAGGAGUGAUGAGGUGAAGUGCCAGAAGCCCGUCCCGGUCUGCAGUGACAUGAAAAUGCACGUCUGCAACUUCUCCCUCAAGACCGUGGUGCUCGAGAAGGUCCUGAAGAAGUUCCGAGAGCACCUGCAGGACGAGCUGGGGAGAGGCGAGAAAGAGGACCUGACCCUGGACCCCGACUCGGCCAACCACCUGCUGAUCCUCUCAGCCGACCUGAAGAGCGUGCGCAUGGGCUGCCGCAAGCAGGACCUGCCCGACAACCCCAAGCGCUUCGACACCAACUCGCGGGUGCUGGCGUCGCGCGGCUUCCAGUCGGGCCGGCACUACUGGGAGGUGGAGGUGGGGCCGUCGGACGGCUGGGCCUUCGGCGUGGCCAGGGAGUCGGUGCGCAGGAAGGGGCUGACGCAGUUCUCACCCGAGGAGGGCAUCUGGGCCGUGCAGCAGAACGGGGGCCGCUACUGGGCCGUCACGUCCCCCCAGCGCACCCCGCUGUGCCCGGGCCAGAAGCUCAGCAGGGUCCGCGUGUGCCUGGACUACGAGGGCGAGGAGCUCUCCUUCUACAACGCCGACGACAUGCGCCACAUCUUCACCUUCAACGUGGCCUUCAAAGAGAGGGUCUUCCCGCUCUUCUCCGUCUGCUCCACCGUCACCUACAUCAAGCUGUGCCCCUGA